AUGGCAAAUAACCUCAAGCACCCAUUCGAAGAUCCACCCUCUUCAAGCGCCGGUGAGGAAGAAAUAGAGUCUGAAGAAGAAGACCAGCAGCAUCUGCAUACCAUAUUUUCUUCAGAAGAAGACGAACCCGAAGAUCCUCCACCGAGAUCUGUCUCUAAGAAGCGUCUCUCAACCAACGUGAGUAAUUCAACGAAUGUAGCCAAGAAAAUUUAUAGACAAGGUGGGAAGAUGGGAACUACUAAUAAUAAUACACCAUCUUUUGCGAGAGUGUUUAGUGAGAAAGAUGAGAUUGUUUUGUUACAAGGUGUAAUUGAUUCCCAAGUGGAGAAUCCAUUAAAAUAUAAGCGCAGUUUCUACCAAUCAAUGAAGGGUUCUUUUAGCUUCGAUGUUACCUUGGUUCAGUUCAAGGACAAGAUCCGUAAUCUGAAAAGAAAAUAUAAAGCCAAAGAGAAGAGCGGUGAACAAGCUUCUGCUUCUGCUUCGAAUCCGCAUCAACAAAAGUGCUUUCAGUUAUCAAAGGCUAUUUGGGGAGUUGAUGGGAUAGCUGUUGAAUCAAAGGAGAGUGAGAGGGGAUUGACAAAGAAGCGUGACUUGGUCACUCCACGUAUGGGUAAAAGAGAAGAUAUGGAGAAGUCACCACUUGUUGAGAAAGAAUCUACUGAUUGGGAUGAUGAAAGUUCUUUCUUUCUUGGUAUGGAUUUUCUGAAAGAGAAAUGGACCAAGCUGCCUGCUGAGAGUAAGAAGGGAACCCAAGAGAAGAUGAAGAAGUUGCAUGCCAAUGAACUUGAAUGUCAAAAAUAUGAAGAGAUGCUGAAGGUUAUGAAAGAUAAAUGUGCACGUGACAAGGUAGAGCUCUUGAAUGAGGUUACCUCUUUGAUCAUGGCAGCUGAUUAG